CGCGGGCACUAUGCGGUUGGGUUUGGUAGAGAAAGAACGGGGACGAUCGUAGCGUUACUCUGCCUGCAGGUUGCAGCAGCUGUGUGGUCCUUGCUUGCUUGGUACCGCCUAUCAACACCCCCUUGUUCCCGAUAAAGUUCAGGCUGCCUCCCUGCUUCUCCCAUCUGCUGUAGCUAGGGCCAAGUUCCAUCACCUGAUUUGUACCAGAAGACAAUGGAGACAGAGAUUGAACAGCAAGAAGAGUCUACAUUUAGCAACACUGAGAGCAACGGUAAGCGCCCUGCUGAGGAUGCAGACGAGCAGAAAUCAUUCAAGCGCUCCAGGAACUCUGAUGAGAUGGUUGAGCUUCGCGUUCUCCUGCAGAGCAAAAAUGCAGGGGCUGUGAUUGGAAAAGGAGGCAAAAAUAUCAAGGCUCUCCGUUCAGACUUCAAUGCAAGUGUGUCAGUCCCAGACAGCAGUGGGCCCGAGCGCAUCUUGAGUAUCAGUGCGGACAUCGAGACUGUGGGAGAAAUCCUGCUCAAGACCAUCCCCACAUUGGAAGAGUACCAGCAGUACAAUGGCAUGGACUUCGACUGUGAGCUGCGUCUGCUGAUCCACCAGAGCCUGGCUGGUUCCAUCAUCGGGGUGAAAGGAGCCAAGAUCAAGGAGCUCCGAGAGAACACUAAGACGAGCAUUAAGCUGUUCCAAGAGUGCUGCCCUCAGUCCACAGACCGCGUGGUUCUGGUCGGAGGAAAGACUGAGAGAGUCGUUGACUGUAUCAAGACCAUUCUGGACCUGAUCUCUGAGGCACCCAUUAAAGGUCGCGCACAACCUUAUGACCCAAACUUCUACGACGAGACCUACGACUACGGCGGCUUCACCAUGAUGUUUGAUGAGAGGGGCGGGGGCAGGCGGUUGAUGGGUGGGUUUCCAAUGCGCGGCGGUCGCUCUGGGGGUGGAGGAGACAGGGGCUUUGACAGGAUGUCCUCCAGUCGGGGGGCACGUGGUCCAAUGCCCCCGUCACGACGCGACUAUGAUGAGAUGAGCCCCCGACGCGGACCACCACCCCCCCAUCCCCGAAGCAUUAGCAGAGGGAGCAACCGCAGCCGCAACAUGCCCAUGAGCCACCACAGGGGAGGAGAUGACCGUUACUAUGACUCUUACCGAGGCUCAGACGAAAGGUCAAAUGACAGAAGAGGCCGGCCCGAUCGCUACAGUGAUAACAUGAGCGGAGGGGGCUAUGACAACAGCUCUUCCUGGGAUAGCUACCAGUCAGGAGGACGGGGCUCCUACAGUGACAUGGGGGGUCCGGUUAUUACCACACAAGUGACUAUCCCCAAAGACCUCGCCGGCUCCAUCAUCGGAAAAGGGGGGCAGCGCAUAAAGCAGAUCCGCCACGAGUCCGGAGCGUCCAUUAAGAUUGACGAGCCUCUGGAAGGUUCUGAAGACCGAAUCAUCACCAUCACCGGGACCCAAGACCAGAUCCAAAACGCCCAAUACCUGCUACAGAACAGUGUGAAGCAGUACUCCGGUCACUUGCUGUAGAAUCCCGAGAAUGCCAUCGGAUGUGGAAUCUUUUUACCCCUUCGUCAGACUACAGUUCUGUAUUGUGGGUGUCUUCUUCUUUUUGAAUUUUAUUUUUGUAUUUUAAUAAAACAAUGGUCCAACAUUCCUGUGCGUAAAGAUAAAAUUGUAGAUGCAUUGUUGUCAUAAGUUCAUCUGAUGUUGCUUGUUCUGUUUUCUAACACCCACAUCUGCUAUAUUAAUUAACUUUUCAACAUACAUUUUAUUUUAACAGAUUUUGUUCAUUUAAAUCAGAUGUGUUGCCAGUUGCUUUUCUGUUUACGUUGUAUGUGUGUGUGUGCAUGACGUUGCUGUGUUCCUCGCUACUCAUACACAUCGGAAUGUACCCUGCUUUUUGUAUAAACAACAUUUAGUUGUUUUUAAAAAGAUUUACUAUAAAUAAAACAUUUUGAGUUAUAUUUGGCAUGUUUAAUUUCCUAGAGGUUUCAGUUAUAACUCUAAUUUUGAUAUGGUUUCACAAAAUCCAUGCUUGUUGUGUACCAAGGGUGAUUCUUAUUCUUCCUCCAAAAUAGCAACUGUUGUAAUUGUUGUUUUAUUGGGAAUUUAAAAAGUUUAACUCUUAUUUUGACCUGUGAUCUACGCUUUAUUGCUCUCCAUGCAGUAGACUUCACAUUGUCAGAUUGUUAACUAAUAAAGAUGCCACUUUUUACGGA